CAUGACCAGGCUGCUGCUGCUGCUGCUGCAGCUGGAGUUCGAGCUGUCACACAAACCAAACUAACAACAACACAGCGGCGGUGGGACACGUCUUGUCCUGUGAUCGUGAUGGAGCUGCUAUGGGGUGGGUCGUACACCCUGUGACAUGGAGGCCACAGCAGGAUCCUCCCACCUCGCACCUCUUCUCUGACAACACAGUCGACCGCCGUCAUGGCCUCCAGCUACCCUCCCCCCUUUGAGGGCACAGGUGAGGUGAAGGAGGGCUUUCUUUGCCCUCUUUGCCUGAAAGACCUUCAGUCGUUCUACCAACUCCAAGACCACUACGAAGAGGAGCACUCCGGGGACGAUCGCCAUGUGAGGGGGCAGCUCAAAAAUUUGGUUCAAAAGGCAAAGAAAGCCAAAGACAAGCUCCUAAAGAGGGAUGGUGAUGACAGAGCGGAUACUGGCAGUUAUGAGUCCUUCUACUACGGUGGAGUGGACCCUUACAUGUGGGAGCCUCAGGAACUGGGAGCAGCUAGAAGUCAUCUGGACUUAUUCAAAAAACACCGGGCAGCCAGGAUAGACCAUUAUGUGAUUGAGGUCAACAAGCUCAUCAUCAGACUGGAGAAGUUGACAUCGUUUGACAGGAUCAACUCAGAUGCGGCCAAAAUCCGAGCCAUUGAGAAGUCUGUAGUUUCAUGGGUGAGCGACUCAGACGUCCCGUUUUGUCCCGACUGUGGAAACAAGUUCAACAUUCGGAACAGGCGGCACCACUGUCGUCUCUGUGGGUCCAUCAUGUGUAGAAAGUGCAUGGACUUUGUCCCCUUACCUUUAGCCCAAAAGCUGAUUAGUGGGACGCGAGAAGCCCUGUGUGUUCACGGGAGUCCCAGUCACUCCCAGUCUCCCCCGGCAGGAGGUGGCAGCAGUAGCAUGGGCUCCAGGAGAGGCAGCAUCAGCAGCCUGAGCAGCGUGACCUCCAUGCUGGAGGAGAAGGACGACGAGAAGAUCCGCUGCUGCCACCACUGUAUGGACACACUGAUGAAGAUACAGCAUAAACUGGAGGAGAAGGACCACACGCCUGAUAUAGUGAAACUUUAUGAGAGGCUGAGAAUGUGCAUGGACAAAGUGGAUGAACGGGCUCCAGAAUACAUCCGGAUGGCAGAGUCGCUCAAUGCCGGUGAAACUACAUACAACCUUGACACUGCCGCUGGACUCCGACUGGAAGUACAGAAAUAUUAUGAACUCAUCGAUGCAUUAAGUAAGAGGAUUUUAACACUAGGAGUUAAAGAUGAUCCACAACCACGUCCUAAGGCGCUGCAGCUGCAGAAGAUGAUCCGAUACACAGCCACACUAUUUGUUCAGGAGAAGCUGUUAGGCCUCAUGUCUUUACCCACUAAGGAGAAAUAUGAAGAGCUGAAAGAAAAGAAGAAACAAGAACAAGAGAAGAGACUCCAACAAGAGAGACUGGCAUCCCAGGAGACCCUGAAGAGGAGGCAGGAGUCUGAGAGGAACCGUCCACCCGUCAGUACCAACGGGGAGCUGCCGCAAGCCCAGAGAGCGCUGCGCAUGACCAAAGCUGCCGGCUGGUUGCCCUCCGCAGACUCUGGUCAUACACGCAGUGAGUUCGAAGACCCCCUCCUACAGCAGAUCGAGAACAUUCAGUCGUUCCUCCGUCAAGCACGAGAGGCCCAGAGAGCAGACGAGGUUGCCAUGUUAGAGGAGAACCUGCGUCAGCUGCAGGACGAAUACGACCAGCAGCAGACCAGUCUGGCCAUCGCUCUCUCCCAGAAGCUGGCUAAGGAGGAGAGCUUGCAGCAGGGGGAGUUCCAUCGCCUUGAGGCCUGGGAACGGGAGGAAAGGGAGGAAAGGGAGGAACGGGAACACAGGGGCCCUGCUGUGGGCUCAGCUCAGUCGUCCUUCACCAUGGAGAGGUCUCUAGAUAUCAGCCCAGUGGUCGUCUUCCAGGGAGAGCAAGACACUGCAGCAGAGGAGCUGACUCCUAAAGCUGAGAGGAGUCCUGCGUCUCUAAGAGCGUUUCCUGCUCUCACAAUCCAGGAGGAGUCGCCUCCUCGUCUGAGGAGCUUAGGGGGACACAUAACUCCCCCUGGUGGUGAAGGGCAGAAUAGCACCUCCCUUAACCCUUUUGAGGAGGAGGACUCUACUCCCACUGAGGAGGAUCCCAACAAUCCUUUCUCAGAAGACAUCAAGAGGGAACACAAAGACGUACCCAACGGGAAGAAAGAAUACAACCCUUUUGAUGAAGGUGUCGAGGAGGACUCUCGGGCCGACUCCGCGGCCAGGAACCCCUUUGAGGAGGAGGACAACACCGACACUCGUAACCCUUUCAUGGAGGCCUCUGGCAAUUCCCCAGGAGUAUCAACCAAUCCCUUUGACGGGUUAGAUGAAGGCGAGGCUUUGCCCGAUUUGGACAUGAUAGAGGAGGAACUGCUGCUGCAGCAGAUCGACAACAUAAGGGCCUACAUUUUUGAUGCCAAGCUCAGCGGCCGCCUUGACGAGGUGGAGCUCCUGUCAGAGAAUCUGAGAGAGCUACAGCACACCCUACAGGAGCAGAAGAAAAAGAAGCACUGACAACUUUUCUUAAAAAUCCCCCUGAUCACCUGCUACUUACCAAGUCCUGCAAGGCUAGUUCACUUUACAUGACUAAUGAGCCCGCUGAGUUUAGUACGGGUGAAGUCUGCAAGAAAGAUUAGGUCUGUCCCAAAAUUACACAUACUAGAGACAAGGGGUCUGGAACGAUUCAUUUUCAAACACCUUUCUAAACCACUUAACCUGCACAGAGGGCUGGAGCCAAUCCCAGCAUGCACAGUUUCUAAGCACCACAAGUAAAACAUGUCUAUUUGUACAGGCAGCGUUGCCGAUCUCCAGCUGCAUCAGUGCAAACAUGAACAAUAGAAGAUGGAAGAAUGCCACUGUAAAGAAUGUUGUAAUGGGACCAAUGGCUGGUCCUUUGAGUUUUGUCUGACUGUGGUCUUGUGUGAUUUGGCGUCGUCUGCCAGAAGCUACGAAUGAAGACAUAACAAGUUAACAUGGCGACGGUUGAACCAUGGGACGGAAUGAUGCACAAAAUCCAUUAUUCAUCAUUUCAAGAGUUUUUCUUCCAAAGGAAUUGAGUGGCAGUAUAAAAAAGUGUCAAAAUUGAUGAACCGUAACCUGAGAUUUUAUUUUUCCUCUUGGUCAAAACCUAUUGCUUGCAUUACCCACCGUGCAAUUCAGCUCUCCGCAGGUCAGUUGGAUAUAUGGAUGUUUUAUACUCGAUGUGGCUGAUGAGGCUUUGAACGAAGAUUAAUUUUUUUGUCUUCAGCUCAUUGAUGAACAUUCUUCAUCGGCUGAAAUCUACAUCCGAUUUUUCUCUGUAGCCACUUUAGGUUUUAAACAACUGCUCGUCACAUAUACAGAAUCAAUCCCCCUUAGAGCUGGGAAACUAUCAAGUGAAAAAUCCACUGUUCAUUUAAUUUAUGCCAAAGAACUGAACCACGACUGUUGUAACUGGAACAUGAACUAUUCCUAUAACAUCUCUUUCUUUAGUAAGACACAAAAUGAAUUAGACUUUUGAGACUGUUUGGGGGCAAUUUGGUUUUUGAAACAGCCUGAUCAUUAAAUAAAUUAAGAUAUUUAUAUUUUUAAUCACAGGCUCAAAUUAAUAAUGCCAUCUCACCACUUGCAACACUGCAGUAGCUGUUGCAGCACCUAUGACUCUUUGCUCAUAUAUUUGAAAGGGAAAUCUCCAUUCCACAGAAUUAGGCAAUUUUUGUUGCUUGUCAAAUAUGCUGACGUAUCUGAUCCUGAGGACGUUUACCACGAAUCACACUGAUACUAACGACUGGCUUGUUUGAGAAAGGGUUUUGUUCCGGCAGCGUAUUAUUUCAGUUUCCGUUAGUUUUUGUUUUAAACAUCAAAUGAAUUUAUCACAUGAGCCUGUUCCUGUCCUGCAUGGUGGACUUGGUCGAGGAGAUUAAACUCAGCGUUUUGUGCGUCUGGUUAGUGUGUCAGUCAGCUUUGACAGUAGAGACGUUUAUUCUUAAAAGUUGCGUCGUAUUUGCCACAGUGAGCCAAGUGAACUAAAGUUUUUCCACGUUGUACUGUGCGCCCCCUGCUGGUUGUGAUCUCGAUGUUUACAGUGGCUGCCCCUGAUCUGAGCGAGGAUCAGGGGUUGCAUGAUUUGUGCGUUUGUGAGUCUCUGAAGUGCUGUUUGAUUCUGGUCUGUCUAUCCAGCUUGUGGCCAAGCUUGUCUUCCUGCUUUUAGUUUUUUUGUUUUCACAUUUGGACAAAUCGAUCGGUUUGACACGCCGCUCUUGUUCCGUGUUGUUGGAUAAGAUCUGUUUGUAAAGCAUGUGAUUCGUUCGCUUGUUUCAUCUCAGACGUCCAGUCAAAGUUGGUCCAGCCGGCUUGUUGCAGCACUCACCAUCUACAUACUUAACACUACUUUCUAACACACAUAGUAGACAACUAUAACGUCAACGAACAAGGCACAAGAUUUCACUAAAAUUGCAGAGUGUACAAAAAUGUAAGGACUAAAUCCUUUGGUCAGGGCUACAUCUUAGACAUAUUUACACUACAUGAAUGCCAGCAAGUAUUAUCACUCAGUCAGUGCUGCUACAUCUGUCCCUAAGUGAAUCUUUCCUGUCACUCACUGUCUGUAUUUCUCUUCGUAGACCCGAGCGUUUGUUGCCUGUUAAUCUCACACUGCUCAUCAGAAGAUCGUGAGCAAAACGUUUAGCGACGGACUGAAGAACUCGAGGAGCAGCUUCUCAAUGUGUUGACUUUAGCUUUGGAAGUACUUUGACUAACGCUGCUGUAUUUAAAAACUAACUACAAUCUUCUGGACCCGCGCAGACGUCUCUGUAUUAACUUUAGGAAACUCCAUCCCAGCACCAAUAAAAAAGAAAGUUGUCUACAGUAAA